AUGGCCGCUGAAACCGCUCGAUCUGGCCUGGCCGUCGGCCUCAACAAGGGUCACAAAACCACUCCCCGUGUCGUCAAGCCCCGUGUUUCCCGAACCAAGGGUCACCUGAGCAAGCGCACCGCUUUCGUCCGUGAGGUCGUCAAGGAGGUUGCUGGCCUUGCCCCCUACGAGCGCCGAGUCAUUGAGUUGCUCCGCAACUCCAAGGACAAGCGUGCCCGUAAGCUCGCCAAGAAGAGACUCGGUACCUUCGGCCGUGCCAAGGCCAAGGUCGAUGAGCUCCAGCGCGUCAUCGCCGAGGCCCGCCGUACUGGUCACUAA